GGAAGCGGAAGCGGCAGCGCCUCGUGGUUCCGGCAGAGGCGCUGGGAGCUACUGCGGCCUGUUCUUGUUCCCAUUCACACUUCAGCCUCCUUCCCUGCUCCGAGUCCCCCAGUUCUCGUUCUCCUCCCAUUCUUGGUCCCAUUCCGGCUUCUUUCCCGGACCCAACUGCGUUCCCAUUCCCGUUCUCGGCCCCCUUCUUAGUCCCAUUUCCGGCUUCAUUCCCUUCCCAUUUCUGGCCCUGUUCCCAUUCCUGGCCCCGCUCACAUUCCCGUUCCUGCCAUGGCGGUCCGCGCCAGCUUCGAGAACAACAACGAGCUGGGCUGUUUCGCCAAGCUCACCAACGCCUAUUGCCUCGUGGCCAUUGGCGGCUCCGAGAACUUCUACAGCGUGUUCGAGGGGGAGCUCUUCGGGACCAUCCCGGUGGUUCACGCCUCGAUCGCCGGCUGCCGCAUCAUCGGCAGGAUGUGUGUGGGGAACAGACAUGGGCUGCUGGUCCCGAGCAGCACAACAGACCAAGAGCUGCAGCACAUCCGCAACAGUCUCCCGGAUUCCGUGCGGAUCCAACGCGUGGAGGAGCGGCUAUCAGCUCUGGGCAACGUCACCACUUGCAAUGACUACGUGGCUCUGGUUCAUCCAGAUCUAGACAGGGAGACAGAGGAGAUCCUGGCAGAUGUGCUAAAGGUGGAGGUGUUCAGACAAACAGUAGCAGACCAGGUGCUGGUUGGAAGUUACUGUGUUUUUAGUAACCAAGGAGGAAUUGUGCACCCCAAAACUUCAAUCGAUGACCAGGAUGAGCUGUCUUCUUUGCUGCAGGUUCCACUCGUGGCAGGGACAGUGAACCGCGGCAGUGAGGUGAUCGCAGCGGGGAUGGUGGUCAACGACUGGUGUGCCUUCUGCGGGCUGGACACCACCAGUACUGAGCUCUCCGUCAUCGAGAGCAUCUUCAGACUCAACGAGGCUCAGCCAAGCACCAUCGCCACCAACAUGAGGGAUUCCCUGAUUGACAGCCUGACAUGAGCAGCAUUGGUUCCAACUUCCCAGAAAGCUCCUAAGGAGUGAAGUGGUGAACUGCACUUUGGAUCACAGACAUCCAGAUCUUCUUAUGAUGUUUCUGCAGGCUUGUCCCAAGGGACAGGCUACAAAACCAAAUUUUUGUCAUCUUUUGUAAACUGUUACCACAAGUUUGUGGUUUUGUGAUGCCUCAAAUUACCCCACAAUAUUUACUCUUGUGGCUCUUGGAUGUUGAUCACUAGAGAUUAUUUUGCCUUAAGUCUUGCACCGUGUCCUGCUGCACAGCAGUUUGUUUUGGCACUGCAUGUGCUGCCCUCUCUUUCCACACUCUUUCCACACUCCUGCCCAAGUGGUGUUUCUGCUCUAGGUACAUGUAAGACCCCUCUAUAUGUCUAGUACCAAAACCACAGUAGUUUACUUGCAACAAAAUAAUUCGAAAGUCAUCACCUGCUCCUUUGCCCUGUCUUGUAGCUGUUCCCAUGGGAUGGUGAUUCUGAAGUGAUCAGCUUGGAUGAAAACUGGGGGUUUUCAGUGUCAAUCCAAGUGCUUUUAACAACCUGAAUGUGAGAGUCCAUGGACCAAUAUUUGACCUGGUAUCAACCUGGGCUGCUUCUGAGGCACCUGCAGGAGGAGGCCUAAAAGGUGCACUGUUGCCAGUAGACUUAAUCUGUCCUAUAGGAAUUCACCUCCUACAACAGGAAACUCUUGGAAAUCAGCAAAUCCCAAUAGAUUUGAACCCCCUCACCUGGCAUUACCUUGGAGAUAAAGGUUAAAUAACAUGGUCCUAAGCAGUCAGAGGCUACAGAUUUGAGAGCUUCCUCUUGAAAAGCUCUGUAGGUGCUGCUUUCAGGCAGAAGAUUGUAAUUUCUUUCUACACUGCUGUUGCUCAGUGAAAAAAGCCCAUUUCAGCUACUUUCCUGCUUGCCCAUUAAGGAUGCACUGAAGGCAUGGAAGUGUCUCCAUUUCCCAUCCUGAGGGAAGAGGAAGCUCUCACUUGUCUCCACACAACUGCUUUGCUCUCACCUGGGUUCUCUUGUUGAAUGAUGACCUGAAAUGGGCAUGAGCAUGGGCAGAGCUCUUUUCAGCCCCAGUGCUUUGGGCUUCAUAGAAAAUAGAGUAAAAAUUUCCAUUUUUGUUUUACUGUCUGGAUGUUCAGGGAAGGCUUUGUAAGAUUUGGCUGAUAAAAAAAGGUUAUUUCUUAAACUUAAGAAUAAAGAUGAUGCCAUGAUCAUCUUUGAUAUCAUGCACCACCUGUCUUGGCCCUGACACUAAGUGUCCUCCUCUCAGCCUCUUAGUAUUUGGAGGGAGAAGCUGCUUCCCUUUGACCACCUCAGGGCUCAGUUCUUGGGUGGAGCAAAUGUGAUUCCUGUUUUAAAUGUGGGUCUGUGGGAAUUCUGAACUAGUGAGAUAGACCUAUGUACAAAGAAAACAAACUAUAAUAAAGAAUGGAUUUAGAAAUGUGAAUUAUGAGAGAGGAUAAACUUGGUGUUUCAAUGGCAGGUUGUGUCCCAGAAGACCUGUGCAGCUCUUUAAAGAGUCCACAGGGAUAGGGAAAAGGUCUCUUGUACUGUUGUAUUUUCAAAAGGCAUUUGACAGGAUUUUGUGCCAAAGGCAUUUGGGGACCUUGGGAGAGUGACUCCAUGGAAUGAGGGAAGCCCUCUAACUUGUCUGGUUUAGGAAAGUCGGUGGAUUAGGGCAGGGAAUUCUGGCCAUACUGAUUUAUUCUGACUAGUGAGGAUGAGGACUGGAUAGAAAGGGAAACUCAGUGCAGCUGAGUGUGAAGUGAGGCUCAUUGUGGUUAAGAAUCUAAAUUGCACCCAGCAGUGGUGAAUUCUGAGCAGUACAAGAGAACAUAUCCUGACUGAAGGUCCAUAUUGGAACAGACGUGCUCUAGCUUCAGUCAUGAUCAAGAAAGCAAAUGAUGUCUGGAACUAAUUAGGAAAAAAAAGCCCAAAGCAGCAUUAGCUGUAAAUCCAUGAUGCAUCUUUAUCCUGAGCGCUAUGUGUAGAUGAGAUGCAAGUGUUGCACAGUGGUUGCCAAGUGUUUCUGCAAAUAGAAAUUUUGGGGUAAUGCUCUCUACAUUAAAUUUUGGGUCUCAAAGUCCAAAAGAAGCUGGGGAAAGGGGAGGUGAAAUUCUCAUGCUGCUGCCCUUUACUUGCCCUGAGAUCCUGCCCCACAGUGCCAGAAGCUGGGAGGAAAGGAUGGUGAGGAGGAGGCUGAGCACAGCACCUGCCACAGCAAGGGUGAAAUGAGAGCCCAGGUGGAGGGUUCCAGAAUGGCAGGAUUCCAGGUGACAGGUCCUUUGCCUGACAGCCUGGGGCACAAGCACAGUGAAGCCCUUGCUGACCUUUUCAUGUGCUUUCAUCUCCAAUGCAGCACAGCAUGCGUGGUGAUGAUGCUAAAAGAUGUUAAGGAAUAGUCAAUAAAAUCAAAUUGUAUGUCCCCAGAGCUGGGU